UACAGCCUGUGAAGCUUACAGUGUGAUCAGAGAGCAGCAUGAAUUUAAACAACUUUGUGGUACUUCCCAGCAAGCCCAAGUCAAUGAAGUUAAAUGUCAGGAAUCUCCGAGAGUUGCGUAUGGAAACAGUGCAGCUGGAUCAACAUGCCAAGGAGAUGGAGAGCAGACUGGAGGAGCUCAGACAGCGGAUGAACCAGGAGAAAGAGGAGAGAGAGAAGAUAGGAGCGUCUCGCUGGCGUUCUGGACAACCUGGGGUACUUGCCCCUUCAUUUCAGAGCAUCAAGAUGAACAAGGAAAACAGGCUCUCUCCAGGCAAGAUGAAGAUUAGAGUGCUGAAGGAUGAGCCUGUGCCAGCAGCACAGAAGCAGGUAAUGGCCGAACCAGUUGCCAAGGCGCAUGGUGUUAACAAGAAACUCAAACUGAAGGGAAAAGUCUGUGGACAGUGUGAAGUUCAGCUAGCUGGACUGAUGUGUGUUGAAUGCAGAGAGGAUUACUGUGCUGGCUGUUUCGUCCGAUUUCACCAGAAGGGGGCACUCAAACGCCAUCGAUUAGUUCCUUUACAGGCAGAGCUCCAGACUCCUGUCAGCACUCGGGAUGUGCUGGGCCACCUCCAGCAACAGGUACACGGUGUGGAAAAUCAACUGGUACAGGGCGCAUCUCCCAAAUCCACAGAUGAAACAGAUGACGCAGAGAAAAGAUCAGCCACUGGGAGCCUUCAACCCAUGGCCGAGAACCAAAUUCACCUCACACAGCCCGAGGUGUUGUUCAUGAAUGACGGUGUUGACGUGGAGGAGGAUGAGGAUGAGGAAGAGGACGGUUCUCUGCUCAGAGGAAGCUUUGAUGAAGAGGAGUCAGCCAGGUCUUUCCAAGAAGCUCUGAAAGAGUGGAGAGAAAGAGGGCAGAGACCAGUGUCUGUGAUGGAAACGCAAACGGAGAAAGGAUCCAAGCAGCUAAUUCAUGUGGAGUUUAAGGAGGACGCUUUGAGCUACAUGGAGAAACUGCUCCUGAAAAAACACCGCAGGUUAGCACUCGACACGGCACACUUUAUAACCCAACAGACACGCAUUGAAGUAGAGCAUUACAAGCUUCAUUUAACUUCGCAGGCCUCAAUUUAG